CACAGAAGAAUAAAAAUAUGGCGGCAAAAUUCUGAAUUUCGAAAUUGUUAGUUAUGACAUCGCAAGAACUGCCCGUGUUCCGAUUUUAUGACAGGAAGUCUAAGCGAAGAAGACGUGAACUGGAACAAACUGUUGAAAACAGAGUGAAAAGAUUCAGAGAUGAAAAGCUUCCACAUACAUUCAAGCACAGCAUAACUGGACCAAGCACUGAGUGGAAAACGUUUUUUCGACAACAAGAUGCCUUUGACUACACACGGAGUAAAAUUGAUGAUCACCUCCAUGUGUUUGCAUAUGAGAGUGACACCCUUGGGGGUGAGUCAGGACAGAGGAUGUACCUAGUGGCCAGCUACCCUACAUUCUGGCAUUACUACAGUCAACUGAAGGAUUGUGAGAGACACCACUAUGAAGUAAUACCUGAAGGUGGAGUGUGUAAGCUGUAUUUCGAUCUGGAGUUUGCCAAAGAAGUAAAUCCCAACAGCAAUGGAUUACAGAUGGUUGAUACAUUUAUAAAGUACGUGUGUACCUGGAUGCAGCAUCACUACAAGGUGUGCUGCGAGCGGCAGGAUGUGCUUGACCUGGAUGCAAGCACAGAGAAGAAGUUCAGUCGGCACCUGAUCUUUCAGCUGCAAGAUGUGGUCUUCAAGGACAAUGUUACUGCAGGUCAUUUUGUCCAUCAUCUUUAUCCCCUGAAGGGUAUGGAAGGUAGUGCCAAUUUCUCUGAGAAGUCGGAAGGGGACAUUUCUAACAUUGGCGUCAGUGAUGACAGCUGUGCGAUGUUGGAUCAGUUUAGUGAUGAGGAGCUGAGGUCACUGGUGGUGAUGUCCAAGGACCUGAAACCUGUGCUGUUUUGUGAUAUGGGUAGAUAUACACCAAGACUGCGUGUCUUGACGUUUGGCUCUGACAGCCGUGGUGGCAGAUUCAGACAUCAGGCAGUAAAACACAGAUCUCAUGCUGAGACAGAAACACUGGGCGGCUACACAACGUCUCCAUACCCCGAGCUGGAUGACUUCAUCAGCAGGACAGUGGGGGAUGGUGGAAAGAAUGGCUUCAUCCGACACUGGACAUACUUCCCCCAGGGGGAGUUGUUGCUGUACGACAUCGCACGACAUCGCUGGUGUGCCAACAUACAGAGACAGCAUCGCAGCAACAACAUCAUGCUGUGCGUGGACAUGAAGAAAGGAGUGUAUUAUCAAAAGUGCCAUGACCCAGACUGCAAGGCUGAAAACUUCAAGUCUGAAGAUCUGCCCCUCCCAGCAGAAGUCCUUCCUGGCCACUACUUCAACACUAGUAGUGAUGGUCUCGAUUCCGACUUUGACGACGAUGACAUUGUGCGGGCAGCGGAGGAGGCGGAGAAGACGUACCAGUCGAAGCAGGAGGAGAGUGAUGACGACCUCCUCAACGCCACGGUGGAGAUGGAGAGGAAUAUGUCAGAACACAUGAAGUCCUGAAAAUGGAAGGAGAUUUUACCAUGGCCAUGGUACCAUGUGUCUUACUGAUUGACCUUGUGAUCUCUUUUUCACAUUUUAAUAAUAUAUAUGCUGAAUUAUAUUUGUAUGAACACUUUAAAAGCGGUAUAUAUUUCAGAUUAUAGUCUUGAAUUAAUAAUGUGUUCAUAUUUAUUUAAGCUUCUGAAGUAUUUUAUUCAUGUUAUUGAUCAAUAUCCAUCUUAAGCAGUACAUCAUGUAUAACGUGACUGUGAAUGUUUGUAUACUACAGAUCAUGAAAUUAUUCUGACAUUAAUAUGUAGAACAUUAUUUUUAAGCACAAACCAAAUCUUUCAUGAAAUAUGAUUUGCUGUACAUAGCAUAGAUCAUGUAGGUCAAGAUGCCAUGUGCAUGUCUUCGGGGUGAUGAGUCAACACUUUAACCACUAGGCUACCCGACCACCCCAUCCAUGGAACCAUGAAGGUCCAUUGUUCCUGGUCACAUCCUUUACACCUGUUGAUUUAAGCUGUAUAACCUAUUAUAAGUGCUAAUGUUGCAGUCAAUUCUAUAUUUAUAUUAAAUGUUCUGUUUGUGUGACAUAAAUAAAAACUAAAUAAAAAAUUCCAUCUCCA